AUGGUGAACUUCCGCCUUCUUCCAGCAGUCCUGUCUGCCCUCCUAUGGGCACCGGCGUCACAUGCCUCUGCCCCUGACGAGUUUGUCGGCCGCGCCCAGAUCCAGGUCUUGAAUAGCACCGACGUUAGAACCGCUUCCCUGAGCGACCGGGUCGGCUGCUUGAACGCGCGCGGCGAGCUGACGCUUAACGACUGCGCCGUCUUUACCCGCUCCGAGACGCCAACCCACACGCUGUUCACGUCUGCCGGCAACUGCACCUUCCAGAACCCAAACAUGCCGCGUAACACGGACAGCAUCUACGGCCAGAACUCGCACGCCUUCUUCUGCGGAGAGGCAGAUUGGGAUCAGUACGACGAGUACUAUUACACUAUUGGCCGUUGUGCCUGGAAGCCCACGAUGCCUUUACCUGCCUUGGCAGUAUUAUUUGGGGGAAGCCAGCAGAAUGGGGAUCGAGGGCGGGCCAUUGGCAGGUGUUGUGGUUAUGGUUACAACUUCAACGCCAUGAUUUUGGAGAACAUAGUGGAGGCGCUGAAGCCCUAG